AUGGCACUUGAUUGCGAAAGCGAUCCAGGAUGGCAGUUCCUCAGACUGAGUCGGGAACAAAUAGCUAAGAUAUCUUCAACGCGCACACUCUAUUUAUUGCAGGAUCAGGCAGCUUCAUACGAUUCGAAAAAAGAUGUGUGGAUUCCGGAUAAAGCAGAAGGAUAUAUUGCUGCACAGAUUGUUUCGACAAAGGGAGAUCAAGUGGUCGUACAAACGGGUGAUGGCAAUGAGAAGACACUGAAAAAGGAUUUUUGUACCCAAAUGAACCCACCGAAAUUCGAAAAGACAGAAGAUAUGUCGAAUCUAACGUUUCUCAAUGACGCAUCCGUUCUGCACAAUCUUCGAGCGCGUUAUGCAGCUAUGCUCAUCUAUACAUACUCGGGUUUAUUUUGUGUUGUCAUUAAUCCGUAUAAACGCCUACCGAUCUAUACGGAUUCCGUUGCGCAUAUGUAUAUGGGUAAACGACGAACUGAGAUGCCGCCUCAUCUGUUCGCAGUAUCUGAUGAAGCGUAUCGUAAUAUGCUACAGAAUCAUGAGAAUCAAUCCAUGCUUAUCACUGGCGAAUCUGGUGCUGGAAAGACUGAGAACACUAAAAAGGUACCAAUGGAGAUGAAUUUGAACAGAAUAUGUCUUUCCCUUACCAAAAGAUUUCUUCACAGUAAGAUAGAGGAGUAUUGUUAA